UUUGUUUAUUAAUUUGCUUAAUAAGCAGACGAGAAAUAUUUUCGUUGAAAUUUUAUUACUUUUACUGGCGAUUCUUUUUUCCCAUCAGCCUCAGUUGUAGCGCCGAUUUGAAACCCACCUCCAGCAUGGCGCAAGUCCGUAUAAUAACAACACAUGUUUCUUGAUGUAUAUGCAGCUUAUGUAUAUAUAUAAAAAUCAGUCAUUGAACUGUGACCAUGCUGGGGCACUGCCUUGAAGAGUUUAGUCGAACACCUUGACUCCAAAAUCUGGUACUUGUUCCAUCAAUCUCUUUUGCUGAGCCUCUAAGUUUUGGGAUGUUAACAAACCAACGCUGGUUGCCAGACAGUGGGGCAAAGGACAAACCCAAAGACACAUGUACAAUGUGUCUGUAAGUCAUGGAAGAUGAAAACUCUUAAACUUCAAAGAAUUGUUGUAAAAUCUCCCUUGAGGAAUUGGUUUUUAUUAGUUAAAAUAGAAUUUGCUGAUCAGAAUAACACCAUCAAAGCAGCAAGCUUCAAAUCUCUGCUCCUCAUGGCUGUGAGAUCCCUACAUGGUGAAAUUGCAGCUUCUGCAAAUAUCUUUGUUCGGAAAUUUGAUGAGCAAAAACUUGAAACUAUUCUUAUGGUACCACACACGCAUCUACUUCAUCUCUGGACUAGUAUAAUUACAGUAACUAAUUUAUGUGAUAAAGCUUGUACACUCCAUGUUCUUCAGGUCUCACAACAUUUAAUGGCAAUUGGAAACUCAAGUCGACAGCUUAGUUACCCAACAUAAAUAAAAAAUCAUAUGUAACCUUGUUGUUAAA